AUGACUUCUCGAUCUCCGCCAGUGGGCACUCCGCUCCUAAAAUCUCCUAUGCCCGAGACACCCUUUAAUAAAGACGCGCCAACACCACCGCAAACAGUACCCUUCCCUUCACCACAGACCUUUGAGAUAAUUCCACCAUUGCAUGGGAUUCUUUCUCGCUUGCUCUCCUCCAAGAGUCAGCAACCUGGUUCAUCGGACGCACCCGGGGAUACAACAGGGGUCCCGGGAGCUUCUCAAACACAGACCCAACAAGCACCUUCAAACAUCCCAAAUGGUGGGCACAAUGGCAACAAUGCAUCUUCCCAUGCUGUACCAGGAGUAUCAGUUCUAGGUACAAACGCUCGUCCGCCGCUCGAUGUGAAAACUCUCCCUACCGAAACCAGCUCUGUCAGGAUUCGAAUCCAGAAAGCCCGUACCGUCGUCGAAGGGCUACCAGAUGUACAUCGGUCUGUCGAUGACCAACAAAGAGAGAUUGCAGAGCUGGAGGGUCGCGUGAGACGUUUGCGCUCUGUCAUCUCUGACUUUGGGGACCGAGCAGGAAUGCUACAUGACACGAGGACCGUGGAGGCAUGA